UAUGGAAAUCCUUCUGGACUCAAUGAAUGGAUUUAGGACGUCCUGGUCGAGACUAGCUAGUCAUAUUUGUUUACCACUCGAGUAUGGUGAGCGAUAAGCGCUAAUCACGAAUCGAUGUUGAACCUUCCGAUUUCGAAGUUUUCUUGUCCGAUAUCCCAUUGAUUCAACGUCUUCACAUCAUGUCGGUCCCUCCUAAGUACGCAGGCCUUAAGCUCCCCCGGGGAACCCCGCAGGAGACACAGCAUACACUCGAAAUAUUCCUGGAUUAUGUGUGCCCGUUCUCUGCUAAGAUGUUCAACACAUUCUAUGCCGGGGGUCCCACGGUGGCCCAGCAGUAUAGCUCACGGCUUCAAGUAAUCUUCCGGCAGCAGAUACAGCCCUGGCACCCAUCGUCCACCCUCACCCACGAAGCAGGUGCAGCUGUCCUUCAAUUGGCCCCGGAGAAAUUCUGGGAGUUCAGUGCGGCCCUGUUCAAGCACCAGAAGGAGUUCUUCGAUGUGAAUGUGGUAAAUGAAACACGCAACAAAACCUAUGAGCGCUUGGCCAAGAUUGCAGGAUCGGUCGGAGUAGACGAGCAAAAGGUCCUCGCCCUACUGGUGAUCCCGGAAACCCCUGCUAGCCCGGGUGCAUUGAACGUGGGAAACCAGGUGACCAACGACAUCAAAUGGAUGACCAAGGCAAAUCGAGUGAUUGGAGUCCAUGUGACGCCGACCGUCUUUUUCAAUGGGGUGGAAGAGCGUGGAAUCAGCAGUAGCUUCACGGAGGCUCAAUGGGGUGAAUGGCUGGCAAAGAAUGUGGUCUGAAGAUCAGGGACAUCGAUAAGGGCGCAUGGAUGAUACGCUAGGGUUCAAUUGUGGCGCGUACUUGGGGGAGUCUGGACCGAACUGGCUCCAAGGCAGGCGAAGGGAGUGGAAAAAUAUCGAAUUCAUAUCUCAUUCCAGAACUUCCAUUACGAAGCUGCUGUGGACCCUAGUGAACACACUGGGGAAAUGUAUCCUUGCGGUAGAGGGAAAGAAAGGAGAGGAAAUGAAAAAAAGAAAAGAAAAACCGACCACGGUUAUGUCUCGCUGAGGAACGGGGAAAGAACGGAAAAAGCCCAAAUGUAGCACCACCACUUCUUCACGAGUAUCGCCAGUAUGUUACGCCGAUGGAUCUGGAGAGUUCACAGAGG